UGGCUCAAAACUUUUAGCGCUUAUUCCUCUGAAACAAAUGCCAUAUUGGACAACAUGGUAGUUUUCUUGAAAGAUCAUCCAAAAAUGCGCUUUAUGUGGUGUGAAAUUGCAUUUUUCGAACUAUGGUGGUCGGCACAAAAUGACAGUACCAAAACGCUUGUUAAAAAGUUUGUUUCCACUGGUCAGUUGGAAAUUGCAAGCGGCUCUUGGGUGAUGACCGACGAAGCAACACCUUUUUUCCCGUCUACCGUUGAUAAUAUUAUAGAAGGGCAGCAAUUCAUUUACAAUGAACUGGGUAAGAGUUUCAGUCGUCAUGGAUUUCUAGACUUUCUUGUGUGA